AGUGAGUCCAUAAUCAUAUUCUUUCACAACAGGCAAACACAAAAAAUUAUUAGUCUCGUCUCGUUCUCUGUUUGUGAAUUUGAGAAAAAAACAUAAUGGGUGGUGUGAAGAGCAAGAUUGCUAUAAAGAAGAUAAAGAAGAAAGAUUCACGAGCGGUUACAUUCUCAAAACGUCGUAAGGGUCUUUAUAGUAAGGCUUCUGAGCUUUGUCUUCUCUCCGACGCAGAGAUUGCGAUCAUAGCGACUCCAGUUUCUUCUAAUUCUAAUGCUUCUUACUACACUUUUGGCCACCCCUGUGGUAGUGUUGUUUCUGCUUUUCUCGAGAAUCAGCGUCCUUGCGAUGAAAAGUUAGGGUUUUGGUGGGAAGAUGAGAGUCUUGUAAUAUCAGAGAAUCUGGAGGAGUUGAGAGAGGCGAUGGAUUCAAUGUCGACCAUGUUGCGAGAUCUGAAGGAGUUGGAAAAGCAAAAGCAAACCCUAAAUAUUCAACCGUGUUCUGCAAGUGUUUGCGUUGAAGAUGACGUAACUGUGAAUAAGAACACGGAAGAGCAAACCCUAGCGGUUUCUGCCAACAGCAACAACAACGGUUUACUUGGAAACUUCAAUGAGUACAAUCAAGAGUUUGAUGAUCUUGAUCAAAUCUUUGAUUUUCUGACAAACUCUGAAGUUUUAUCGAUGAAUUUGGAGAUGGAUAAUGUCUGAUGUCUCUAUGGUGACAAUUUGUGUUGUUAUGUUGAAAUUGUUCUUUUUGGUUUUUAAGCUAAUGAGGAUGAUAAAAAUCUUGAUUAUUUCUAUAAU